AAAAAUAAGAAUUAUGAAAAAUAAAGAUGAAUACAUUGAAAAAAAAUUAAUAUACGAAGCAGCCGUUAAAGACUAUAUAGAAAGGAAAUUAUCUGGAAAGAAAACAUCCGUAAAGAAAAUUGCAGAUAUUCACAACAUUGGUUACUCUACUUUACAAAGAGAAAUAAAAAAUCGUUAUACGUUAGGGGAGAAAUAUCAAUAUGAUCAUAUGACAAAAACAAAUGGUGUUAUCUUCUCAUAUCAACAAGAAGAAUUGCUUUUAAAGAUAUUAAAAGAGUCUUUAAUGUCACAAUUUACACGUACAGGUCAAGCUUGCCGUUGUAGAACUUGCUUUUUAUUAAAAUUAUCAACAUCUGCUUACGAAUUUACUGCAAGUAAUACCAAAAAAUGUCCACCAUAUUGGACGACAAUUAAACAUGCGGAUAUGAGUUUUCUCGAAGAGUUUGAAAUGAGGCACAGAUCCGAAAUUUCCAAAUUUUGCAUUGAGAAUUGCAAUUUGGUUCUCGAAACUGUUCGACUGCGUUCGUUUUACAUCCGCAAAUUGUCCAGUAUAUAUAUUAUGCAGAAUUAUAUGAUGAACAAACAAUAAUCUAGC